UUUGUAGAUUAGAUGUAAAUAAAAAAGAAAAUCAAAAUCAUGUUUUUGCGUGCCGUCUUCUUUCGUGCCUUUCUGGCCCUCGGGUUGUUCUUCUCAAAAGCCCUAGACGACGAGGGUACCGUAUUUAUUUCCUCGGCUGCUGUUACUACUCCGCCUCCGCCAGAGCAACGCAGCAGUCCCUCACUACUUGACACAGAGACAGAGGUUGUCGAAAAGGAGCAGAAAUACUACGACCAGCCGCUGCCCAGCUUCGACCCCAGCGGCCGCGAGGCCUCGGACGUAAAUCUCACCGACUUCCGGCUUUUCAACCCGUACUGCCACCCGUUGAACCGUACGACCAGGCGCUACGAAGUGAGGCGGGUGUCCUUGGACGCACCACGGGUCUUGGAUGUUGUGGCGGCGUAUAGUAAAUUUGGGUCCGUGGAGCCGAAGGGCAAUGAUCUUCCGGCUCCACCGAACGAUGCGGGGAGGAUGCACGAACAAGUAGACCAGGCGGCGCGGCAGGAAGGACUACCAGCAUCCGCAUCGCGAAAUAAUAACCGGCCUGCGACUACUAGAAGCAGGAAAAAGCUCAUCCGCCGUGUCCUGGGCUUCCCACAUCCCGCGCAUUCCGGCUUCGGGGACAGAGUUGGCAUGUUUAUCUCCCUGGCGGCACUUGCGAAAACCUUGUCGACGACAGAAACGCGACAGAUGAGAGGUACAACUUCAUCUGCAGAUGAACACGGCGCCGGUUCCGAAAGUUCUCCACGUCUGUUGAAGAUUCAAUAUGAUUACAAGAUUCUGACCUUCUGGCCGGCGGGCGGGCGCAACGACAACUGGGGCCACAAUUUUCGCCAAGACGGGUCUACUUGGCCAAUCUUCCGCCCGGACCGAUUUUUCACCCUGCUGCGGAGCCUACCGAAGCAACUCAUCUUGCUUCGCUCGCGAGCGGAGUUUUUGCGAGUUUGGGACGCCUUGGACACCAUUGUCAGGAGGUUAGAGAUGAAGGAUGAUGAAACUGGGGCUGCUACUAGUAGUGCACGAGCAAGUGCAGCGUCUAGCAGGGCUGAACCGGAAGGCAGCGUGAUCAGCGUCAAAGGUAAAGAACGCAAAAAGGUCGAAAUUGUGCACUACGCGAGCACCACACCCGGUGCUAGAAUUGCUGCCGCAGCGGGGGGUAGAAAUAGCAAACCACAAGACGGUCACAGCAACACCAAAGGAUCUCCAUCUUCUAGUAGUACAUCCGGCACUCCGAACAAGAUGAACAAGAGCACAUUUCCCGCCUCGGCGCUGUUUAAGAACCUGCGGGAAAGUUGUUGCGGCAUUUUUUCAGACGAGGAAAUGGCUGAGCUUGGCAAAGACGACGAAGUUCCCAUGUUUGAGCAGCAGAAAAUAGUGACACGGUUAAAUGGCGGCGAGGGGGCAACUCUGUAUCUCCCCACCGCGGCGAAGGCCGCCGCCGCAAACGCGGACGCCCAGGCCGACGCUGCUGCUCUUUUAUCGACUUCUAACGACAGGAAGAAAAACCCCAAAUCGCACAAGGUCGAAAUCGUCGCAAGUAGCACGACCGCGAGCGUUGGGCUGCUGCCUGAACUUGCGGUGGGCCAUAUGAUGGAGUUGCAGGACCAGAUUAUGAUGCGCACUGGAAAGGGAAAGAUAACGGAAAACAAGAAAAAGGCUUCUAAAAUAGACUCCAGCAACGACGUCGUGAUCAUUCCGUCCCAGCACGACCAGCUUUUCGCCGACAUUCCCGAGAAGAACGAGUUUGACGUCUCUAUCGAGUAUGUCGUCGUCCCGCUCGACGACUUUGUCAUGUCCUCCCAAAUCGAGCACGGGAUGUGGGUCCAACCCGAACCGACGUCGUUCCUGUUCAAAUUGCUCUUUCCAGGUCUGAACACAGAUUUGUUUGUCCAAAACUACUACGAACUGGCGCCGCUCGUACAGUUUCAAGCCCCUUCCGCGCGGAUCAUUUACCCGAGCGCUGUGCCUCCUCCGUCCUACGGAAAGGCGGACCACCUGCCUGCGCGUGCUGAUGAAGAUGAUGAAAAGGCUGCAGUUCUUGUAUCGACCCAGAGCCAAACAGGUCGUUUGCAGACUCUUACACAAUAUGAAAAUCGUGCUGACAUGAGAACCGAUGUUGAUGAAGCAGGAGCAGCACCUUCAUUUACAACAUCCCUGAACAACCGUCCUUACCUUGCCCUUUACCUGCGCCGCGGAGAGAAGCAGUACCACAGCAGCAUGCGGGAGGGAUUACUGUUUCACCACCUGAAGCAACUACUGGUGGUCGAAGCGCCGGUGUUCGCGAAGAAGUUUGCCUGGGUCGUCAUCGGCGAUACGCCCAGUGUGGUGGGAAGGUAUGUCCGCUUUUUGAAGUCGUCCUGCAACGUGACGAUCGCCGUAUCUCGGGACGAGUUGGAGCUGGAGUAUGAGCAGCAAGCCAGUACUUCAUCUGAAGAUCAUCAUCAUGCGGAAACUCCCAAGUAUUCCAGUACUAAGGCCCAGGAUAAUAUUGGUCAUAGUACAACUACGACAUCGCCGGCUCGACCAAGCGAAUCCUCCGAAUCGCUCGUCGACUUCUUGCAGCGGGCGUUUCUUUCCGAAACGUCAGAACUUUUAGGGGAUGAAGAUCCAGACCAACAGAGCCCCCGCAGAGGAACAACUGUGUCAGUAACAAGUCCGGCAAAAAGUACUACCUCUUCUCUCUUCCGCCUCCCCUUCAGCAGGGACCACGAAACAAUCAACAACAUGCCGGCAGACCUGCAAAAGAACUUCACAGCCCUCUACUCUGACUUUUCGCUUCUGACCAGAGCGGCUGGUAUUGUGAUGCACACGGCGCGCGGGGACGGGUGGAGCUCGUUUCCAGCGGUGGCGGCGAUGAUAGGCGCGAGAAGGGCUGGAAGAUCUUCGCCUAUAUGCAUUGCAAAAGUAGAAGUGUGAUCGUGUUCGUGCCUUCCUAUAAAUCACAUGGCAAAGUUUUCCAAAGGGAAAAAUGGUCGUGUCUGUCAUGCGUAUUUAAAGUAGAAAAGCAGUUCUGUCAUCGCAAAACUGGCAAAAUAUAUUAUGUGAGUGCGAUACUACUUACAGCUUUUGCACAGGAUUGCCUAUCCCCAUAUUCAACUUGUAUCUCGUUGGCAACACCUACACCUACUUCCCCGCCGCGGUGAAGGUGCACGCGAGGGACCAGAGAAGGGAGCCCUACGAUAGGAAAGACCUGCGGAACAGCUGGGCGAUCGGGUACACGCAUGACCCAAGUCGGUAUGACAUCUACAAAAGCAUAAACUGCGGCCGGGGGGUGCCGAACAUGUACUUCCUCAUAACGUCACAUCGCUUUGUGGAGGAAGUUCUUGGACUACAACCUAGCGCCUGCACCCACUGUGAGGAGUAGUAAACUGGUGCAUAGAUGAGGACGAGGACGAGCCCAGUAGAUGCUAGUAAAACUGUUCAUGUUCUUGUUCUAAAGACGCAGCUUCCGUGCAAGCCAUGGCACAUUUUUAGGUUUCUCGUUUCACACUCACAGCAAAGAUGAAAAGCAGAAACAGCACACCAUUCACAUGGAUGUUCGUUGCUCGUGGUUUUCAAGUAUGUUGCUCUUGUUCUUUGUGCCUUCGACCUGUCGGCGUCACUUGUACCGUCCAAAGAAGGUGAACUUGCUGUACGAUGCACAUCUGCAGUCGUGAUCAAAAUAAAGGCAGUGCAAAAUUGUUAAUGCGAUUUCGGCUCGCUCGAAAAAUUUCAUGGUCGCG